GCGGUUAUUGUGCAUUUCACUGAAUGUGGAGAACAACAAGGCGUUACUACGGCAUGUAACGGGAUUUGAUUUAAAAAGUGAACCGCUUUUAUUUCAAACGACCAGGAGUCACCUGGUCACCGUAGAUGUCUGGUUUUAGGCGACAGUCCUCCCCAGUUCUAAGGAGUUAAAAUGUCCCUGCGUGGUGAUUGGUGCACAGUGACGUUGUUGUGAGUGAGCCAUGGCGAACGUCGCGCGGACACCUUGGUUUUUACUUCACAAGGUAACAGCAAAAAAAAGUCAACCUUCCUUCCUGGCUGGUGCAGCAGCCGCAGAUGCACCAGCCCUGUUCGGGGGGUGUUCCUGUGAGAAGUAGAUGCUCGUUUCCUGCCCCAAAAGCCCAACCUGCUCCGCUGUCUUCGAACCCCUCUCACUUCUAAAGUGUCCCAUCUCACGCGACUAAUGGCAUCGCCGAGGGACGUGCGCGAGUGGUGCCGCGCCACGUGCGCCCCUUACCCCACUGUGGAAAUCAAGAACAUGUCGACGUCAUUCAGAGAUGGACUUGCGUUUUGUGCCAUCAUCCACAGGCACCGACCGGACCUGAUAGAUUUCAGCUCCCUCUGCAAAGAUAAUGUUUAUCAAAAUAACAAGAUGGCAUUUGAGAUUGCCGAGAGGAAGCUGGGCAUCCCCGCGCUGCUGGACCCUGGGGACAUGGUGUCCACCAAGGUGCCUGAUUGUCUGAGCGUCGUCACCUACCUCUCCCGGUACUACCGCUUCUUCAGCAGGAAGUCUCAGGCCGGUGGGGUCAGUGCGAGGUCAUCCCACGCAGCGAGUAAAACCCUCAAACGCCUCAUGAUCCAGGCUGAUCUGGAAACCAGUAGAGAAGUGCGUUUAUCCAGCACAAGGCCGGGGAGCGUGUGCAGUGUGUGUUUUAAGCCUGUCCACCUUAUACAGAGGCAUUUGACCGACGGAAAGAUCUACCAUCGCAGCUGUUUCAGGUGCAGCGUGUGCCGCAGCGCUCUUCUCCCCGACACACAGGGAAGUGACGGCACCUCGUCCAUCUGCACUCACCACAGUACCACUGACAGUCGGCCCCAAUGUACGUUUCAGGCAGGUUAUUUCUCUCUGGGAGGAUUGGCCAUCUCCACAGUCCCUGAUUACAAAGAGACAGCAGAGUCUGUCUGUAAGAAGACAGAGGAGAGAGAAAGCAAGGGAAGGAACGUAGGGCUCAAAGACUCAGCUGUGGGCCCGGGGACGUCUCCUCGUCCCGGGGCCGCCCUCGCAGAAGGUAAGACACAGCAGGAGGAGACAAAGACUCAGGGCACCUCGGGGCUCUCUUCACCGUGUGCACCAGUGACAGAAGGAAGCGGUCGGCCGGUUGCAGCACCAAGGCGGAUGUUGGACCCGUCUGGAGCGCCGGUUCCGGCACCAAGGACCAGAGCUGCCCGGGCCCAGGUCAGCGCCCCCUCUGCAGGCGAUUCAUCCAAUCACAAGAUAUGUUCAUCCAACUCGUCUCACAUUAACGCCAACCCAACGACAGGUAGCCCUAAAGUGCAAACCAACCAUCCGUGGAUGAAUAUCAUCCACCCCGGACCCUGGACUCAACUGCCUCCCGCUCCACCCCCGGUACCUACUCCUCGAUCCAAAGCCGUCUCCACCCCGCCGAGGUCCUGGAGCAGGCCCAGGGUGCCUCCUGCCAAUCCAUUUGAAGAAGAGGAGGACACCCAGAAAAAAGGAACGAAACCUGAGCCUGCCAACCAAUCAGAGCCCUCAGCGCCAGCUGUCCGCUCAGAGAGUGGUGCCAAUCAAAGAAAGACGCGUGCUGCUGUUUGUACAACUGAUGCUGCAGAUCCUGCUAGUAAAUCAACACCUGAUGUGGAUGAUGAUGAUGGAACUUUAAGUGAAGCAACUAAAACAAGCAGAAACACAAAGGGUUUCCCCGUGGAUGUGACCGAAGCUGCAGAGCAAACACAAAGUCUCCUUUUACCCAGGAGUCUGUCUGUGCCGGCUAUCGCAUCGGCCCCCCCCCAAAGCUCCAUCCUGCAUUAUGACUCCAAGGAGGCAAACGAGCCCGACCAGGUUGUGUCGCCUCAAACUAAGCUGGCCUGCAAAGAGAACCCUUUUAAUCGAUGCGACGCGAUGCCCAAAUCAAAGACCCUUCAGGCCCUCUCCUCUACACGGGCCCCCGCCCCCGGACACGGCUUCCCACUCAUCAAGAGGAAGGUGCAGUCUGACCAGAAUGUGUCCACCAAAGACCUGCAGGCGCAGAUGAGAGAGCUGGAGAAAGAUCUGGAAGCAUUGGAACAAAGAGGAGUCGAACUGGAGGGGAAUCUGAGAGGCUGCACGGACGAUGAAGAGGAGGAUCAAAUGCUAAUGGGCUGGUUCUCUCUUGUCCACGAGAGACACCUUCUGAUGUGCAGAGACACCGAGCUGGUUUACCUGACAAAGCAGCAGCAGCUGGAGGAGAGACAGGCAGAUGUGGAGUAUGAGCUCAGAUGUCUGCUAAAUAAACCUGGGAGCGACUGGAGUCCGGAGGACCGCGGGCGAGAGCAGCAGCUGAUGGAGGAGCUGGUCGCCACCAUCGAGCGGAGGAACCAGAUCGUCAGCAGCUUGGAUCAGGACAGGCAGAGGGAAAGGGAAGAAGAUAUGCUUUUGGAAGACAUGAUGAAAAACAAAGAGAUUCAGACAGAAGAACUUAAAGAGCUGAAAAAGUCGAGAGGAAAAUUCAAGCCUGCAAAAAUGUUCAAGAUGUUAAACCAUAAAGCUGAGAGCAAAAAAGACUCUGUGGACAAAAAGAGUUGAACUACUAACCUGACUACAGAAAACAAACUUGUACUUUGAGGUAAUAAAGAUGAUGUGGGUAGGAUCUGAUCUCAAUGUAUGUAAUAUCAUUUAAAAAGUCCCACCAGCAUUCCGUAAAUUCAAUAUUCUCAGUAAAUGUUGUGGUGUUGUCAAUGUACAUUUUAUCUUCCAUGUGGUUUUGCUUACUGUUUUACAAUAUUUUUUAUUGUAUGUUACAUACUUGUUUUUUGUGAAUUAUGAUUAUGGAUUCGGGAAAGUUGUCUUAUGAAAAAAUAAAUAUUUCCAAGAGGCCAA